AUGCUGAAGAAUUUCAAGAGCAUCCUGAGCGAUUCUUGUCACGGUUUGCCACUGAGGUAUGCGAUCGCACCGUACGCAUCAGUGAUCAUAAAUGGUGUUUAUUGGGAACAAAAUGCGGCACGUCUGAUCACAAUACCGGAUGCUAAACAUCUGCUAACGCCUAAAGCUCCAGGUCCUGAAGUUCCCGGAUGCCCAACACUUCCGCAUAGAUUGAUCGCUUUAUGCGACAUAUCAGCUGAUCCGGGUGGUUCGAUCGAGUUCAUGAAUGAGUGCACCACUAUUGAUCGACCGUUCGCUAUUUAUGACGCUGACCUGAACCAGUGCUCGGCGAGUUUCGAUACUCCGAGCGGUUGUUUGGUGUGCAGCAUUGACAAUAUGCCCGCACAAAUACCAUAUGAGGCCACAGAAGCAUUCGGUGAUCUUCUGUAUCCGUACAUUACCGAUAUGUUAAACUGUGCAACGGAUCAGCCAUUCGAUCAACUCCAUUGCUGUGAUGACAUCAAAAAUGCAAUUAUCACCAACGAUGGUGCACUUACACCCAAAUUCGAAUAUAUCGCCGAUUUGCGACGGAAAAGGUGA